AUGAAGUUUAUAGUUGGAAUAAUCUCAAUCUUUGCAGUGUCAGUUUUCUCAACAUCAUCGCUGGGUACUUCUUCAUCCAGAACUUUCACCAGUAGCAGGUACUACUCGGGCUCUUCAAGUAGUGGAAGCGGAGUAACCCCCUAUUCUUCAUACUAUCAUGGAUAUGGGGUUGGGACAGGGACAACAGUAGAUCCUUUUGCAGAUAUUAGAUCUGGAGCACUGGGAAGAUCAUCUUCCAUUCACUACUAA